GUCGACUUCUGAAAAAUCUCAAUCAACGAAUAGGAAAUUUCAUGAAGAAAAGAAAUAUGGCUCUAGCUUCAGCUCGUUCUAUCAUACACUCAACGAAGAUAAAGCAGUUUUUAAUCAUCAGUUCAAUUUCUCGUCUUUUCUUGGUCCGUGGCAACAAUUCUUUAGCAGCAAAAUUGGUCCAGGUGCCACUUUCAAGAAUCAAAGAAACACUGGAUUCUGAGGAGAAAAUUCAUUUUUCCACCCUCAAAAGCCAAGACUUUUCAUGGGAUGGGCUUGUUUCUGCUCUCUUGUCUUCUUCAUUUCCCAGAAAGGCCAAUUUGCAUAUGCCAGUUCAGGAAACAAGGAGGCAAUGCAAGCUUGGUACUCGGCUAGAAUGGAUGCUGGGUAUACGCCGGAUCCUCAAACAUAUGAUGCUCUCAUAUUUGAUUGUGUCAAGUCAAAAGAUUUCAGUAAUGCUGAGAAAUUCUAUGAAGAAAUGACAUUAACUGGUAAUAUUGAUCGUCGCACAGUAAAGAAGGUUGUAGCUCUGUAUCUUGAACUGGGAAGAGUGGAAGAUUUGGAGGAGCUAUUAGUUGUUUUAUCUAAUUCAAAUCAAGCCUCAGAUAUUCUUUCCUAUGUGCAUCAUGCAAUUAUCAGAAUGUAUGUUAGGGCAGCUAGAUUGGAUGACGUAGAAUUUGCUGUUGGGAGGAUGUUAAAACACGGGAUGUCAUUCAGGUUUCCAGAUGAUGUUGAAAACGUAAUUUGUUUGUAUUUCCGGCAGGCUGCUUACGAAAGGCUAGACCUGUUUCUAGAGUGCAUAAGAGAUUCUUUUACGCUCAGAAGAUCGACUUAUGAUCUCUUGGUUGCUGGCUAUAGACGAGCUGGCUUGCAGGAGAAGCUAGAUAUGGUGAUCGAUGAAAUGAAGCAAAAUGGUUUUGUCAUGUCAUGAAUGAUUUUAUUUUAUUUUUAUUGAAGUUCCCCUUCAACUGGAUUUUUUUGCUGGAUGCAGGCUAUUGCCGUUAUUUAGUAUUGGGGUUUAAGUUGAAAUUAAGUGAAUGGUGGCAGAGGAUUAGUGUUAUUGCAGGAUAUUUUUGUAUAUAGAGGGAAUUCGAAUUGCGGCUUUAAGUUGGUGGAAAUGCUAUCCUGCCUGAAUUUGUAAGUGUUCAUUUACCUUUAAGGGAAGAAGAAUGAUAAAUCAAAGGAUGGUUAUUGUCA